AUGUCGGGAGUCAAUGCAUUUCCCUGCUGUGGCAAGAGUGCUGUGGACAUCGUGGAGAAAACGAAUGACUAUCACCACCAGCCCCACAGCCAUAAAGAAGAGGAGGACGAAGAAACAGAGCAGAAAGCAGAACUGCCCAAGAAGGAGACACUACUCAAAGGGCACCCAGACCCGGGCCCAGUGCCACAGCUGGAGGAGAUGGCACCAGUGGUACCCUCUAAGCCCACGCCUGAGACCGAAGGGGAGUAUUUCACUGAAAGCCCGGAGCAGGAGGGCUCCAGGAUUGAAUCCCUCAAGCCCUAUGAGGAAGAGGAGGAUGAGCAGAUAUGCUCCACCCAGUUCCGCUCCAUCUGCGUGCAGACCUCCAAACACCUCUUCUGGGCGAACAAGCUCAUCCAGGCGUCAGAGCACAGCCUCCAGCGGGCCUUAGAGAAACAUCGCAAGAGCCCGCAGGAAAAGAAGUCUGUCUGCAUUCCCCAGGUUCUCCCAGACUGUGCCCCACUGCCGUCAAGUCCCCGGGUAUCCUGCACUACCCUGCCCUCAGCCAUUGGCCUGGCAGAUCUGAUCAACUUUGCAUCCUCCCUUGCCGUAGCCUCCUCCAGCAGCAGGGACUUGCCUAAUCUAGAAAAUAUGAUCAAAAGUACAUCUGAGAAGUCCCAGGAGACGUCUACAGAGCUUUGCCAGCCGGUCCAGUCCAUCCAGUAUGCCCAGGCUACCCAGAUUACCCAGAUAUCCUUGGAGACGCAAGAGAAAUCAUCCAAAGACGUGAUGACUCACGAAUCUUGGACUCAAGAAACCAGGAACGUAGCUUGCUCUUACCUAGAUUUUAGCAAGACAGGGUUCAAGAAGGCCACCAUCGAAGGGGAAGUGAAGUUUGUCAAGGCACCACCCUCCCCCCAGCUUCAGGAAGCCAAAGAAGACUCGGUGCCGGGAACCAAGAAAGGGAAUCCAUUAUUGCUGAAAAUCCAUUUUAAGUUGUCGUCCCCUUCACCCCAGAGAAAUUAG